CUGUUAGAUCCGAGCAGGACCAUUUGGCGGUAGUUGGUCGUGUUCAUCCGUGGCGUGAGGUCAUUAUUACGUGCCGGAAUAUCGCGUUGAAAUUCUCCUUUCAAAUCGGGCCUAGCUUAGAAAGUUUCUCGUCAGUCCUUCGGUGGAAAAUUUCUACCUUCAGCAGCUUUAUUUUGCAAAACCAGCAGCAUCUCAAAUAACAAUCACAAUGGACAUCGCCGAAAGAAUGAAACAAUGGCAGGGGAAAGUGGCCGUCGUCACAGGUGCUAGCGGUGCCAUCGGAGCGGCCGUCGCCAAGGAACUUGUGAAAGCUGGAAUGAUCGUUUGUGCUUUGGCCAGAAGACGUGAUAAGGUGGAAAGAUUGCGAGCCAGCCUGUUCGAUGUGGCGGGAAAUCUCAACUGUGUCGAGUGUGACAUCACAGUGGAAGAAGAUGUUAAACACGCCUACGGAUGGAUUGAGAGUAUUUACGGUGGAGUAGAUUUGUUGGUCAACAAUGCAGGAAUAGUUACCAAAUGCCUCCUGACCGAGAAGAACAAUACCAAAGAUCUGUACACAACUAUGGAAACCAACAUCAUAGGUUUGUGCCUAUGCACUCGAGAAGCUGUCAAAUCGAUGAAGGCCCGUGAUGUGAAAGGUCACAUCAUCAACAUCAACAGUAUAUUCGGUCACAAAGUGCAUCAAGCCGUCCCGGGAACGAGGCCACUCAACGGAAUGUAUCCGGCCUCUAAGUAUGCUGUCACUGCAAUCACAGAAUGCAUUCGCCAAGAGCUAAUCUACUUAGAAAGCCAAGUGAAAGUGUCCAGCAUCAGUCCGGGUCUGGUGGAGGGUGACAUCGUGGCAAAUCACACCGCAGCCGGGAACGACCUCGUCAAGUAUAUGCCCAAGCUGAGGCCAGAAGAUGUGGCAGAGGCAGUUCUGUACGCCAUCACAACGCCGGAAAAUGUUCAAAUCCACGAGCUCGUCAUCAAGCCAAUGGGCGAAUUUCUAUAAUUAUACAAACUGCAUUCAUCUCGAUUAAAGAUAAAAAUAAAUUAGAAUGAAAUAUACAUUCAGCGUAGCGUAGAUAGCAGCAUCCUAAAACAUAGAGGAUAAGGGACAGGUUUUCAAACGCUUAAGAGUGCUAUUAUAUGUUUCAUAUUUUAUUUUAAGUUUAUAUUCGCAUUAAAUACAUCGCUAGAUACCAAUCGA